CAACUUGCGCCUUGGAGAUUUUAUCGGAAGCCAUCUCGCCUUUGAGGUGCUGCUCAAUUUCACUCUUACUUGCAUCUUCCUACUUUGGCUACGCAAAGAUCUCACCAUGAAAUUGACAAUCAAAACACUCGCCCAAAAAUCUUUCCACAUCGAAGCAGAGCCGACGGAUAAGAUCUCGGAAGUGAAAAAGAGAAUUGAAGAGUCGCAAGGGUUUGAGGUUUCUCAGCAAAAGUUGAUCUAUUCUGGCAAGAUUCUUGAGGACUCUAAGACCGUGGAAGAAUGUAAGAUUGAAGAAAAGGGUUUCUUGGUAGUGAUGACCGGCAAGCCUAAAGCUGCGGCCCCAUCAACUCCUGCGCCGGCGGCAGCGCCAGCUGCUCCAUCUGCCCCAAUUGCCUCGACAGCUCCGACAGUGCCAAGUACGCCAGCCACACCGACUCCCGCGUCUGCUGCCAGUGACACAACCACCACAGCUGUUCCAGUGGAGGGCGGCUCGUUUGACGCGUCAACGUUAGCUACCGGUAGUGCAUAUGGAAGUGCUGUACAAAACUUGGUGGAAAUGGGCUUCGAGCGGGAUCAAGUUGUGAGAGCUAUGCGUGCAGCGUUUAACAACCCUGACAGAGCUGCUGAAUAUUUGAUGACUGGUAUUCCCGAACACGUUACGCGAGAUCUAGCUCCGCAACCCCCUGCGCCUAGUGCAGGUGCCGCACCAGCCGUCCCUGCCCCCGCCGCCGCUGAUCCACUUGCAUCUCAGCCUGCUACCACUGCUGCAACUACUGGCGGAACAGGGCAACAGGGCGGUCAGUUUAUCAAUUUGUUCGAAGCUGCCGCGCAAGCUACUCAGCAAGGACCUGGGGGUGCAGCUGCCGCUGGAGCUGGAGGACUCAACCUUGGCGAUGCUCAAAAUCAGUUGGCUUUCCUACGCAAUUCUCCCCAGUUUCAGCAACUCCGCCAGCUAGUACAAACACAGCCUCAACUGAUACAACCACUAUUACAACAGCUUGCUCAGAGUAACCCGCAGAUGAUGCAAUUAAUCGCACAGAAUCAAGACCAAUUCUUUCAACUCCUCGGUGAAGCCGGUGAAGGGGGUGCCGAGGGAGGGCCUGGGCCGCAAUACAUCUCUGUAACGCCUGAGGAGGAAGCUGCUAUCAAUCGGUUGGUUGCAUUAGGCUUUGACCGAGCGCUUGCUAUCGAGGCAUUUUUUGCCUGCGAUAAGAACGAAGAAUUGGCAGCAAACUACUUGUUUGAUCAUGGGCAGGGUGACGAUUGGCAGUAGGAGCAUCGGUAAUUGGGGGUUUGCCUUUUGACAAUCUGUCUGAAUGGCAUGGUUUGCGGGAUCCUAUAUCCAUUGGUUCAUGUGCGAUACCACCAGUGCUACCAAGCCAAAUACUUAAGUCCCAUAUGUCAGCACAAAUCUGUCUGAGGGAAUUUCGCAUGUGACUGCAGUGUGGCAUUUGAUCAGUGUUUUAAAAAUUUACAGAGAAAGCAUAAUACAUUUUGGUCCUCGAAAUAGGGUACGAUUAGUAAGCUCCAAUAAUUGCCUUAUAUGUGUGUGCUUCACCUCUAUGCCUUGGUCCCGCACCCGAGCAGCCCGCCC